AUCUUAGCAGCCAGCAGGUUCCCUAUUUUUUCCAUCUCAUCAAGCACCAACUUUUUGGGCGUCCAUUUUUUCUUUCCUUUCCUUUUCCUCACCCUUGAAGUUCCUGCAACUUUCAUUGUUCUUAAGCGUUUCCAUCCAUCCUCAAACUCCUUCCCUCUCUCUCUCUCUCCCCCUCUAUACAGAACAUACACUCAAAAUUCUCAUAAUGGCAACAGAACCAAAGACAGACGCCAAAACAGAAGCUAAACAAGAGGCCAAAGCAGAGGCUAAAGAAGUGGCAGUGGAAGGAAACACAGAACCAUCUCUCAAGUACAAGACGUGGGUGUUGAAAGUCUCGGUUCAUUGUGAAGGUUGCAAGAGGAAAGUCAAGAAGAUCCUGGAUAGCAUAGAUGGGGUGUGCAAAGCAGAUGUUGAUCUAAGACUACAGAAGGCCACAGUAGUAGGGGAUGUUGAUGCAGAUACUUUAAUCAAGAAACUGAUAAAAAAGACAGGGAAACAUGCAGAGCUGUGGCCUGAAAAAGCUGAUAAUAAUCAGAAAGCAGCAAUGAAGAAAGGCAAAGCAAAAAACAAAGACAAGGAAAAAGAGAAAGAGAAAGAGAAAGAAAGAGACCAAGAGAGCAGCAAUGAAGAAGGUGGUGAUGGUGACAAUAAGAAAGAAGUUAAAGUCAAGGCCGAAGGAGUAAAAAUACAAGACCCUUCUCCUAAAAACAGUGAAAAUGGCCCUAGUAAAAAUAGUGAAGGUGGCAGUCAUGUUGUUAUUGGCAAAGCAAGUGAAGGUGGUGCUGCUCAAGUCAAGGAAGUAAAGGUUAAUGAGGUUAAUGCUAAGCAACCUGUCACCUCACCGUCCGGUGUCCAGUCACCGGUGGCUGACAAGAAAGUUGGUGAAAGUGAGGUUGUAGCUGAGAAAAUUGGUGGUGGGGGCAGUCUAGAUGGUAGCAGUGGUGCUAAAAAGAAGAAGAAGAAGGGACAUAAAGAGAAUAGCAGCAAUAAUAACAAUGGGGAUGAGGGUGAACAUUCUGGUCACGCCCCAGCAGGUACUGGAUCGCCAGGUCAAGGGCAUGUUCAAGUCCAGAUCCCAGCCCCAGCAAAUCACAUCCCUCCACGUCACGAUUAUGUGUAUGACUACCCAGCAACUUACAAUGCACCCCCGGUGUAUGCUGUGAGUAGCAAUGUUGCAUACCCUAGUACAAGUUAUGGUGCCUCAUACUAUGCCCCACAGUAUUCCUAUGCGUAUAUGCAUCCCGGCACCCAUCCGGGUACCAUUAGCGAACCUCCGCCGCCUGAUUUCCAUCCGUACUACUCAUCACAGACGUCUGAUUCGUUUCAGUUUCUUAGCGACGAAAACCCUAACGCAUGCUCAAUCAUGUGAUAUUGGCCUGACAAGAAGUGGCAAUUAUCACAUUGAAGUAUCGAAGCCUUAUACUACUUGUAUAAGUCUACGAGGGGAAAGUGUUAUUUUUGUAAUGCAUGUAGAUAUAUGAAAGGUAAAGUUCUUGUAGCUUUAAGAUUAGGGGAUAAUAAGAGGGUGAUUAGGGUUUGGCGUUUUUCUCUUUGGUGACGGGUGUUGCUGUUUCUAGCUUUAUUUUGUACUUUUUACCGUUUCUAAGUUUCUUUUUUUUUAAAAAAAAAUAUUUAUAUAUAUAGCAGCCUUGAUGUU